AUGGAAAAAGGAUAUCGUAAAUAAUUAAGAGACACAUUAAAGUAAAUGUAGGCGUAAUUGAAAUAAGAUAAAAAUGAAAAUACAAAUAGAGGAUCUGCUAACAUCAAAUAAUCUUAAAAUUUAUCCUAACUGUAAAUGAUCUCAGAUGAUUCAAUGAGCUUGCAAGGCAAUUUCAGUGAAAAAGUAGAUCAAGAUGAUCAAAUCUCUUUAUACUAAUUUUUGAGUCAUCCAUCAAAAUAAGAUGAAUAUUGUUUUAGUGAACAAAAUAUUCUUACUGAUCAAUUUAUUAUCACAUCUGCUAAAGAUGAAUAAAACAAGUUACUCUAAACGAAUAGGAAGAGUCUCUAAUUAUAUGAAUUUGGUGGUAAAAGUAAUGGAACAGAAAAUCAAUUUGAAUAACAGAGUAGAAAAAAUCCAUUUGAUCAUCUAAAAGUAUCAGAAAAAGAGGCUGCAAGCAAAAUAGUGUUAAAAUUAUCACAAAAAAAUAAAUAACAAAAGUUUUACAAUGAAUUGGAACAGAAAGUCAUACAAAGCAAUUAAGAUAAAGAUAGAGAAAAAGUGGAGAAUGAGGACUCAUAUCUGAUAUAACUGAAGAAUUUUGAUGAAAAUUAUAAAGCCAUCAAUCAAAAAAUAAGUGAAUUUUAAUAUCCAAAUUCAUAUAACUUUUAGAAUUAUAUACUAUUUGCUACAUUACUCUUAGUUAUAGCAUAUAUAUUACUUGUUUCUAUUGCAGUUUGGAAUUAAUAUGAUUAUGGAGAUUGCAUGGAUUUAAUCUAAAUAUUACUAAAAUUUCAAAAAACCUAUUCUCUUAUCACACAUGGAUUAUUUCGAAUUUAAUAUUCAUAUGACUUUAAUAUUUCAAACUUUGAUUAAUUACAUUUAUUCUACGAUAAAUAAAUAUUUUAAGAAGUUGAUUAAUUGAUAAAUUUUAGCAAUGCCUAAAAAAAUACAAUCAAUGACAUUGGAAUAUAGCUUUCAAUUUUUUAUGAUAUUGACAACAGUACUAAGCUUAAUUUAUCCAUUACAGAAACAAUUUAAAAAUCCUUAGCCCAAUUUUAUAAAGUUGUUGAAAAUUAGUUUGCAACUAAUUAUGAAUUAUAAACUCAACUCAUUUAAUCAAGUGUAGCGAAUUUAAAGGAGAUUGGCUAGCUUCCUUAGUUGGCUUUUGAUUCUUGCUACGAUAACAAAAUUGAUAAAGAAAGGUAUUAUUAAUAAUUAUUGAUAAUCUUUAUGGUGAUCAUAUUCCUCUUAGUUUUGAUUCUAUCAUCCUCUUAAAUCCCAAUGAUUUCAACGUUAGGGAAAUACAAAAAGAAGUUGUACAUGGCAUUAUUGGAUAUUAAUCAAUUAUAAUUUGCUUAGGAACAAGAAUCUUUUGAGGCUCUUGCGUCUACUCUUAAAAAAUCAGUUUAUGAUUGGAUGAUGAUAGAUUUCAUAGUUGAAGGGAAAAUAUUUGAUAGCGAAAAGUAUUUCUUAAACGGUGGUUAUUCUGAAAAUGCAUCCACUAAUUACAUUGAAAAUUAAAAUAGAGCUAAACAAGAAAAAAAUAAAUUAAUCAAAAAAUUGAAGUCAUCCAAUAUACAAUAAAUUAGAUACAUCAUCUUAUUAAUAAUUGAUUUAGUAGUUAUAAUGUCAUAUUUUUUGGUGAUAUUCCUUAUCAUCUUUAUUUUGACUGAUCAAUUAUUAUCAGGUUUAGAAUUGCUUUUCAAAUAUUAGACCCUUUAAUCAUCAUUCAUUAAUGUAUUGAAUAAUGCUGAUAUGGUAGCUUACAAAACCUUAUCCAAUUCAUCCCUAUAUUAUAAUAUCUUAACAUAAUCGGAAUUUUAGAACUACUCUUAAGUACUCCAAGGCACAGAAUAAGAUUUUUUUCUCCAAUAUGAUAAUAACAUCAUUGGUUCAUUGGCAGAUGACAAAAUUAAUUAUAAAAUAGAAUUCAUGAAUUAAUAAGCUAUUUGCAAUGAUCUAUAUGCUCUAGAUUGUCAAUCCACAUUAGUUGGAAUGUAUAAUGAAUAAAUUUUGGCAUAUUAUUAGUAAGGACUCAAAUCUUUAGUUGUUUAAGUUUAUAAAAUUAUUCAACAAUACCCUUAAUUUUAUUAGGAAGGAUAUGUAAAUAAUAGUCUAGCUGAUUUUAUUAAUUUUGCCCAAACUUCUGAGCAUAUUGCCUAUUUAGAUUAUGGAACAGAUCUCAUUAUUACAGCCUAUUCCUCGAUUGUUGAUAUGGCAUAAGAGCAAUUUGAUAUUCAAAUUUCAAAUAUAGGGUUUGUAGGACUAAUAAUAAAAUCCUUUUUAGGAAGAAUGCUGAUGAGAAUGUAGAAAUAAUCGAUUGAUACAUGUCAAGCAUCAUUGUUACUACUAUCACCCAGAAGAUACACAUAAAAGUCUAUAGCUAAAUUAAUUACGUAAAUAAUUUGA